AUGAACGGGACCUUUUUCAACCAGACUGUCAUGGAGCAAGGAGUUUAUUCCAACAGGACCCAGGACCUGGGCACUUUGAUGGGUUGUUGCAACGGCACCAGCUCGGUGGUGGCCAGCGAUGGCGGGUCGUCCAUCCUGCUGCCCGAUGAGAGGAGCCUCUACAUUACGCGGGUGGUCCAGAUUGCGGUGCUCUGCAUCCUCUCCUUGACUGUGGUGUUCGGGAUCUUCUUUUUGGGCUGCAACUUGCUCAUCAAGUCGGAGAGCAUGAUUAACUUUUUGGUCAAGGACCGCAGACCGUCUAAGGACGUGGGAGCUGCCAUCAUGGGGCUGUACUGA